AUGCCCUAUACAUUAGCUACCGAAUUGCCUACCCCUCAAGAGCCUCCAAAGUUGGCCAGCAACGUACUUGAUCUGUUCUCCUUGAAGGGGAAAGUGGCUGUCGUGACUGGUGCCUCUUCUGGUAUCGGGUAUGCCGUGGCUGAAGGGCUUGCACAAGCUGGUGCCUCUCUUGCGGUAUGGUAUAAUUCCAAUGCCGCAUUGGUCGAAAGAGCUGUGGAGUUAUCAGCUAAAUACAACGUGAAAGUGGUCGCAUACCAGUGUCCCGUCACCGAAGAAGCCAAAGUAAAGAAAACUAUCGAAGACGUUAUCCAAGAGUUCGGUAAGAUUGACGUUUUUAUCGCCAACGCUGGUGUUCCAUGGACUAAAGGUCCGCUAGUGGAAGCAGCGGAAAGUGGGACCGAUACCGAUGAAUGGAACAAAGUGAUCCAUACCGAUUUCAAUGGUGUUUACUACUGUGCCAAGUACGUGGGUGCCCAAUUCAAACGCCAAGGAAGCGGGUCCAUGGUUAUCACUGCGUCGAUGUCUGGUCACAUCGUGAAUAUCCCUCAAUUGCAAGCCUGUUACAAUGCUGCCAAGGCCGGUGUCAUCCAUUUCGCUAAAUCUUUGGCCGUCGAAUGGGCUGGCUUCGCUCGUGUCAAUACCGUGUCCCCAGGUUACAUCGCUACCCCAAUUUCGAACUUCGUUGACGAAGAUUUGAAGAACAAAUGGCAUUCGUUGAUCCCUAUGGGCCGUGAAGGUUUGCCCCAAGAACUUGUCGGUGCAUACUUGUACUUCGCUUCGGAUGCAUCCACAUACACUACCGGUUCCGAUCUACUAGUGGAUGGUGCCUACUGUGUCUUAUGA